GGAUGAUGGCGAGUGAUGGUGACUGGUGUGUCCGAGGAUGAGCAACCAAUGUCGGACACGGGGAGGGGGCGCGAGACGCGAGAAGCUUCUGACGUGGCUGUCCUCCUCCUCCUCCUCCUCCGGCCGGAACUAGGCACGACCGUGCCGGCCGGACCCCGCACCCACAACGCACCACAGCACAUUCUCACUGACCGAUUGGCACUCGUGACCCGCCUUUGGGGGGCCCCUGCCGGCCUCACAGUUCUGAGGUCCUGGGUUCAAUCCUGGACCCACCUGUGUGGAGUUUGCAUGUUCACAGUUUUUUGUGUGUUUGUCAAUGUUAGGUACAACAACAAAACCUACAGGAUAGAUGACAUUGCUUGGGAUCAAACACCCUGCAACACGUUUACAAGGAAGGACACAGACAUCUCCUUCAAGAACUACUACAAAACUAGAUACGGUGUGGAAAUCAAAGACAGCAAUCAAGUUCUCCUGGUCAGCCACGUGAAGUGGCUUGCUCGAGGUCAAACACCUCCUGGACCAGCUUUGCUCAUCCCAGAGCUUUGCUACCUCACAGCCCUGACUGACAAGAUGCGAGCAGACUACACCAUCAUGAAGGACCUGAGUGCGCACACCAAACUGGUCCCAGAACAGAGGGCAGGACGCCUUCUCAGAUUUUCGGAAAACAUAAACAAGGACGCUGAAGUCCAGAGAGAGUUGGCGAAGUGGGGACUCAACUUUGACAAGCGGCUCCUCAGUCUGACUGGCAGAAUCCUCCCACCAGAGAGGAUUAUCCAGGAAUCAAGAUCGUAUGGUUGCAACCCUCGGACAGCUGAGUGGGCGAGAGAGAUGCGUGGGUUGCCUUUAAUUUCCUCUCCUCCUUUGCAAAACUGGGUGCUGCUCUACACUCGCCGGAACACCAGGGAAGCGCAAAGCCUCCUGGAGACUCUCUAUAAAGUGGCAGGCCCACUUAGGAUCUCCUUCCAAAAAGCGGUCAUAAUUGAGUAUGAAGAUCAUCAAGAGUCUCUGCUGAGAACACUGCAGCACAAUGUUCAAGCUGAAACACAGAUGGUGGUAGUGGUUCUUUCCAGCAACAGGAAGGACAAGUAUGAUUGUGUGAAGAAAUACUUGUGCGUGGAUUGUCCCACUCCCAGCCAGUGCGUUUUGGCUCGUACCCUCAGUCGACCUCAAGCCCUCAUGACGAUUGCCACCAAGAUUGUGCUGCAGAUGUCCUGCAAAAUGGGAGGAGAGCUUUGGAGUGUGGAAAUACCUCUGAAGCAGCUGAUGGUCGUGGGCAUCGACUGCUACCACGAUACUGCUGCCGGGAAAAGGUCCGUCGGUGUUCUGGUGGCCAGCCUCAAUCAGAAUAUGAGCAGGUGGUACUCAAAGGUCAAACUGCAAAACAGAGGUCAGGAAAUUAUGGAUGGACUGAAGAUGGCCUUUGCUGGUGCGCUCAAGGAGUUUUACAAAUUCAACCAAUGCUUACCAUCACGUGUCAUUGUGUACCGCGACGGAGUGGGUGACGGCCAGCUGCACAAUGUAGUCAACUAUGAGGUGGCCCAGAUCAUCGGCUCCAUAAAGUCGAUGGGCCUAGACUACAUGCCCAAGCUGAGUGUGGUAGUGGUGAAGAAGAAAAUCAAUUGCAGGCUCUUUGAGCACACCAAUGGAAAGAUGCUCAACCCCCCCCCAGGGACUGUCGUCGACACUGAGGUCACUCGUCCAGAAUGGUAUGACUUCUACCUUGUGAGCACGGCAGUCAACUAUGGAAGUAUCUCGCCGACCCACUACAAUGUCGUGUACGACACCAGUGGACUGAAGCCUGACCAUAUGCAACGGCUCACAUUUAAACUCUGCCACAUGUACUACAACUGGCAGGGGAUCAUCGCAGUCCCUGCUCCAUGCCAGUAUGCUCACAAGUUGGCCUUUCUUGUGGGUCAAAGCCUCCACAGGGAGCCCAGCAUGGAGCUGGAUGACCUCUUGUUUUAUUUGUGAAGGAAGAAAUCUUUUUCUUUUCUGCUUGCUGUUGCUUGCUUAUUGUGAAAACGAGUUAACUGUGGAGAGUCACAAGUUUUUCUCGUUUUUAACCUUCAAAAUUUUAUGUUAAUAAUGCUGUUGUCGUAUUUGCAUUUGUUCCAAAAUAAAUUUAUUUUAAAAAGAU